CCCCAACCCAGGCACAUACGCUCUGGACCAUGUCUAGCGGGCUGUCGGAGGGGGGCCGGACAGAGGACCAGGAGCGGAGUAGCUGCAAACCGGACUCUCCUGUUAUAGAGCGCAGGAAUCGCAGUGGCAUCAUCAGUGAGCCCCUCAGUAAGAGCCUUAAGAACUCCCGCACCCUAUCCCAGUAUACAGCAGUCUCCUCUGCCACCACCAAUGGACACAAGGACAAUAGUGAGACUAAGAGCCACUCGGCUAAGCCUCAGCCACCCCUGCAGCCCCAGCCCACUGUCUCCGCACUUACAGCAGCCAAGUUGGACCAGACCCUAGAGCAGGUUCUGGAGGGACAGAAUGGCCUGCUGCACUUUGCCCAGGCAGCAGCACUGUUAAAGCGGGCCGGUAUGGAGCACAUGCUCCUGCCUGGGGGCAUGGGAGUGGGAGUUGGCGGUGGAGAUGCAGGCUCGGGGGCUAGCGACUUGGAGGGUACGUCUGUCACGGACGCCGUAGGUGGUCCUGUUGACUUCCCAUAUGGAGUAGGGGGUGGCUUCCCCUUCAACCCGGGGCUUUUCAUCAUGACGCCGGCUGGAGUGUUUCUGGCGGACAGCGCGCUACACAUGGCCGGCCUGGCCGAGUAUCCGGCACAGAGUGAGCUGGCCUCUGCUAUCAACUCCGGUAAAAAGAAGCGAAAACGUUGCGGCAUGUGCCCACCUUGUCGACGGCGGAUUAACUGCGAGCAGUGCAGCAGCUGCCGGAAUCGCAAAACAGGCCACCAGAUCUGCAAGUUUCGCAAAUGUGAGGAACUGAAGAAGAAGCCCUCUGCUGCUCUGGAGGUGAUGCUUCCUACAGGAGCGGCGUUCCGGUGGUUCCAGUAGGACUCCUCCUCCACUCCCUACCCAAAGCUCUGCCAUCAAGUGCAAUGCCAACUCUUGGAUUGUCUCCGGAACAGACACUGGCUAACAAACAAACAAGCAACAAAUAUAAAAAAUUCUAGAAAAAAACCCAAUAAAAAAACAAAAACGAAGCAGAAAAAAAAUCAAUCGGGUAAUGGAUGCACCUACUUAUUCCUUGAACCAAAAAUGAAGCGUAAAGAAAAGCAUCUAUGGCAACUUUCAUUCCCUUUUCUAUGUUUCCAUUUUGUUACCUAUGUCCUUUUUCCAGCAGUUUUUUUUUUCUUCUGUCGCUUAAACAUGGAACUGUUCAUUGCCAGAAACAGAAAUGAUGGACUGAGUGUGGACAAUCAACUAAUUUCUGUGUUUGGUGUUAAUGUUGUUCAUGUGUGGAAAGAUACAGUACUUGUGUAGAGAAUGUAAAUUUACAGCUAUAUUUUAAAACUAGUGGCUAAUGGCAAACAUUGUUGUAAUUUUUCACCAUUAUGUUACUUAAACCCUUGUCUAUUUUAUGAUUCAUUUUGUCAGGAAAAUAUAGUUUCCAAACCGAUCAGUGGUUUUCUUUGAAAAACUAAGAAAAAUGUUUCAAAUUGUGAUGCUGUCAAUUUUCGAUUUAAACAAAACUGAACAAGUCCUGUUAUUAGGCAGAUCUCCAGAGACUCUUCACUGGGUUGAAGAUGCUGUUUGCCAGAGCCGUCUCUACUGUAAUCUCCUCAAUCAGCCCUCCUCUGCAUUUCCAAACUUCUCCUUUUAGUGAAACUGGCAGCCUUAUGUUACUGUGGCCCUACUGAGCAUGUGCCAAUACUGCUCAGGGCAAUAGCACUAAGAGACAGCACUUGCUCUGUGUCUACCCUACUGAACGCACUGAGACAAGAUUACUUUUUUUAUUUUUAUUUGUUAUAUUUUCAUGAUUUUGUUAAGUUGCUGGGUAGCUACAGCUUUUAAAAAUAACCAAUCUUUGUAUUCGUUUAGAAAAUUGGACUGGUUUUGUGAAUAAAAAGGAAUGCAUGUA